AUGAAGACCCUCACUCUCACUCUCACUCUCACUCUCACUCUCACUCUGCUUCCUGAGGAAUUGAUAGUCGAAAUUCUGUUACGCCUUCCAGUGAGGUCUCUACUCCGUUUCAAAUGCGUGUGUAAGUUAUGGCACUCUCUCAUUUCCAAUCCCCAAUUCGCUAAAUCCCAAUUUGACCUAGCCGCUGCACCCACACACCGUCUUCUUCUUCCUACUGAAUCCGUCAUUGAAUCAUUGGAUUUAGAUGCAUCACUACAAGACGACUCAGCUCUGGUGCGCAUGGACAUCAAAGUUCAAUACACUGGUUGUAUUUUUCAUGAUAUUAUUUGGGGUUCUUGCAGAGGAUUCAUAGUUAUAGCUGAAGCUGAACACCAUCAUAUCUAUGUUUGGAAUCCAUCAACUGGUAUCCGCCGACAACUUCCGUUGUCCCGAAUGCGAAUCCUAGGAGAGGGUUUUUUCUUAAUUGGUAAUGGUAUUGGGUAUGAUGAAUCAAGGGAUGACUUCUUGGUAGUUCUUCUAGGAUUGGAUAGACAUAAAUGUGGGGCAUCUAAAUUGAGUGCUGGAUUGUUCUUGAACCAUUCUCUUCAUUGGUUGGUUAAUUCCUGGAAUAAGCCUACAGUAAUUCUUGCCUUUAAUUUGAUCGAUAGGAGUUUAUCGGAGAUUCUUCUGCCGCCUAAGACUGCAUCUAGAAAAAAUAAAUAUUUGAACAUAAUUGGAGGAUGUCUCAGUUUGUGUACAUUUAGCCGGGGUCAAGUCCCCUCCAGGCAUACGAUAUGGGUCAUGAAAGAAUAUAAAGUGCAUCCUUCCUGGACUAAAUCGUUUGUUCUGUCUCUCGGUAACUAUCCUUACAAGAGCCUUUUCCCGAUAUGCUUCACUAAAGGUGUUGAUCUUUUGGGAUCAAAUUUAUGUGGAAGAUUAGUCAAAUUUAAUGACAAGGGAGAACUGAUCGAGUCUCGUGCAUGUAGAGCAUGCUAUAGAAAAUAUGGAGUACUGUUGGAUUAUAGUAAUAUUUAUAGAGAGAGUCUACUUUCACUCCCUGGUGACUUUGCUGAAGAUGAUGAAGAAUCAACUGAAGAUGAGGAAUCAACUAAAGAUGAGAAAUCAACUGAAGAUGAGGAGUCAACGGAAGAUGAGGAAGUAGGAGAAGGUGAGGAGUUAACUGGAGGAAGCAGCUGA